UGUCAUCCCUGCGCGCGCGCACAUCGAUCGGCUGGCUGCAGGGUGCACGCAGCCCACAGGACAACACCACUAGUACACUAGAGGGUAGAGGCACGGGCCGCGACGGCCGAUCAGGUGAGUAGCCGGCCGGCAGCGGAAACCGAAGGCACGGCCACAGCACCACCGCGCGGCCUCGAGAGUCGAAACCAUCAGGCCAUGUUCGGUUGGUCAGGGAUUGGCCGGGAUUGUGGCGCAAUCCACGUGGAUCAUCCCCGGCUGGAAACUUUCCCGAUUCACAUUUUAAUUGUCUUCGGUUCAUCCACCAGGUAUUAUUCCCCGGACUUUUCUCAUCCAUUUUCCCCGAGUCUAGCCAGGGAACUCACCCACGUCCGCAUCGCGUGGAACAUUUCCACGCGAAGGCGAGGGGAGGGCGACGCGUGCGGCUAGCGAGGCGAUGGUUGCGCGACACGCUGACGGCGACGCCUGCGACCAUCGAUCAUCCAUUGUUCAUCUCCAUCCCCUUCGGUGGCCAAUUUUCUCUCCGGGAGAAAGCUGGCGCGGGUUGGAGGUGGGAAGAAAGAGAAAGAAGAUGUUGUUGCGCCUUCGAUUGGAUUGGGUUGGCCUUGGAGCGCGUACUGCCGCCGCAUGUAUUCGCUGUUCCGGCCCUGAUUCUAUGGUGCACCACUGUGCUGUGCGCCGCCCCAGCCCUCGAGGAUUUAGCAAACUGCUCAGAUCUGUUCUCGCUUUGCUUCAUCAGUGAACACUGAACACGGUGCGUGUGUGGCCGUUCGGUUCUGCUUUGACAGAUUUCUAUAUUGAUUACUCCCACCUUCGGGCUUUCGAUCAGCUUGGUCUAGUAAUUCUAGACACAAGUUGCUUGCUCCGUUUGGUUCAGAGGGUGUGUCAGCUCGUUCUUAGCAAGCUUAUCAUGGUUCUGAUUCCAUGUAGUGUCAGUACCAAACAACCACCAACUGUGGUAGGAAAAGAGUAGUCAUAUCAACAUGAGACAUGGUUGGUGGUGCGUGGUCUGGAGUGAUAAACCGAAGAGAUCAAAUGAGCUAUUUCAAUCUGUUAGAAUAAUAAGUGGCUAGUUGAUAAAGAGCAUGAACAUAAUGUCCUCUUAUAUUUUUCUGUUUAAUUAGUUUAAUCAAAAGCACACUUUACGCAACCUUAAAUCUUAUGACUACCAUUCGCUUUAGGUACUUAGAUCUAUCCCUAAAUAUAUGUAGGGAUUUUUCCCUGUUACAGCGGCAUUCACGUAUGUAUGGAGUUUUCUAUAUAUGAUUGUUGGGCCUAAUAAGUGAAUUUACUGAAGCAAUAUUUUCUUUUGUUUUUUUUCAAUUUAAGGUUUUGAUUAUCUGCAUAGCUGUAUUAUACAUUUCACUCCUACAUGUUCAGUUUUAAUAGUAGUGUCUGCUAUUAGUUCUUGCAUCUGUUGUGUUAACCAAUCCUGCUGCUAGUUCAAUUCUAGUGAUCUACUACCAUUCACUUUCCUCCUGCUGUUAUUCGCUUUCCUACUGCUACUAGUUCAGUUCUUGCAUCUGUUGUGUUGACCAAUCAUGUGUGUUGCCUCUCAGGUCCUUAGCGAUCCGAAGAAACAUGCAAUCUGAAUGUAUAUUGGACCUACAGACUUGCUUGCUUCUUUACCAUUGCAAUCUGAAUGUAUAUCAGACCUGCAAACUUACUGUAUAUAUUUAUUUUGGUGACCAUUUGAAAUCUAAAUUUAUAUUUAUAUUUUUCAUAUCAUAUCUAAUAGGAGUGUAUGUCUUACAUUUGGUUGCAAGGUCUAAUAUGCAUUUUGGGCUUCUUUUGAGUCAUGUUGUUGGUGUGGAACCGUGGAAGUAGGAUGUGGACUGCAAGGAUGGCUAGUUUACUCUUUACUGGCAUUGACAGUUUACUUGUCGUUCUUCAGUCAUUUGGUGGCAUGUAUCAUCAAGCUUCUGUCCUUUCUAUACAUUGUUAUGAACGUUGCUAUGCCUUUUAUUUCGAAUGCUGAUGCAAUCUACGAGUUUCUAUCCUUGUAUGUGUGCAUAGACAUUGUUAUGAAUGCUGCUAAUGUCUUUUAUUUUGAAUGCUUAUGCAAUCUAUUGAGUUGUAUGUGUGUAAA